CGCAUGGCCCUCUCUCCCUCUCCCUCUCCUUCUCCUCCUCCUUUUCCAAAAAAAGAAAGAAAAAAAACCACCCCCUCCUCUCUUUCUCUCCCUCUCUCUCUACGCUCCUGUUAUCGAAUUUACUAUACCGGGAUCCGAUUUAUCUCGAGCCGAGUUUCGGCGCUGUAAAAGCAGGCAAGCAUAGCGAGCGAGCGAACCUCGCCCAGUGACACCGUGGACAUCCCACAGAGUAGAUCGGCCAAUCUGGGGUUCCACAGCUGUCAGGCGUCAUCAACGCCACCGCACAGGUUAGCUUCGCCGAGCGUCGACGCUCCCGUUAUCAAAGCUUAGGUACGGCAGUGAUGGUAUCACACCAUCGAUCGCAAGGGGCCAAGUCACCUCACCUUGCCUAGAUCGCCCGCCCCCGUCUGAGUCGCCCCUCCGCAAGAGUUCGGGAUGGCCGGCCCAGACAGCCGCAAGAAGCUCGUCGACUGGAGGGUCAUGCACCAUCGGGGACGCAACAAGAUCCUGAAGGCGUCGAAGAACCCCGCCGCGCGAGCCAAGCUCCUUGCCGAGAUCCCACUCCCCGGCCCGCAACCGCCUGCCGUGCUCCACAUCCCAGAAGCCGACCAGAGAUCCGCCUGGGCACCCCUCCCGGCCUUUCUCCUGGAUACGCCCACCCUACACUCUGAGCUGCCUCCGAAUCCGAGUCGUCCCUGCCAUUCCUUCCUCGCCAGCUUCCCCCCGGAGAUUCGCAACGCCAUCUAUCAUUACGCCGUCGGCUACCCUACGUGCCGAAGCUUAUAUGACAACUACUACGAUCAAGAGGAAAAGGCUACGGCCAAGGCCGAGUCGCGCCCGCGCUCCCACGCCAAUGUCGGCCGCCACGCCAAGGUCCCCCUCUCCACACCCACCAUCCUGCUGCUCUGCAAGCAGAUCACCAGAGAGGCCCUGGGCAUUCUCCACCUCCAGCCCUUCGUCAUCGAUCGGAUCCCGCCAUGGAUCAUGGGGAACGCGGCGCCCCUGUCCCUGACCGACUUCAUCAGCAAGCCGACGCUGCAGAACCUGCGAUUUGUCCAGGUCAAGAUCUCGCUCGGCGAGAACACGGAUUUCCGGAGCGGCAAGAUCUGGAUCAAGCUGCUUAGCGACGUGCUGGAGGCCUGGUCCGAACACAACUGCCUCGUCAGGCUGAAGAUCAUGUUCAAGCUCUCCAACGUGACGAGGCCCAACAUAUGGUUCUACGAGCUCGAGGACUACGAAGAGAUCGUGGAGAGGUUCAGUUGCUUCGAGUUCAGGCACGGCUUGAGGCCGGGCCUGAUCCAGUGGGAGCACUGGGUCCUCGACUUCGAUUGCGCCUACAGGGUCGGAUUCCGAAAUCCUUUGAUUCGAGUGCACCCAGACCCUUACAUAUGGCAGGGGAGUGUCAUAGAAUGGCUUUAGGGUACUCGCGUCUGCCUACAACGUGGCUGCAUGACUCCCACGAGCACAGCUACGAUAGGCUGCCGAUACUCUCUCCCCACCACCAUUUGCUUUCUUUCUUUCUUUGUCUCCCUCUGAGAGGAUGGAGCUGCUUCAGAGAGGUAUCGAGAACUUAGGUCGUCGUCGAGGGGCGGUUCCAGAGAGUAAUUAGGAAUCGAGCCCUCCAUCUACGUUGAGUGCGCCUGCGAUUUUUAGCUUUCCUUGGCUGAGUAUUGAUUGAAUGACGGGCGGGAGAACUUUAUCCUAUGUGUGUACGAGAACAUCAUGAGGCGGCGUUUAGAGGAUAUAUACCCGAGGCCGGCAUACGGCACCUGUAGGUAAUUGACGAGAAUCCAAACGUCCUGCCACCAGCGAGAGAAGGCGGCUUACGUUCUGGCAUGGUGGGCUUCGACGCUAGAGAGGCUGUGAAGUCCUCUCUCACCAUAAGGUAGGGCUGGGGGGGGGACCGGGGGAGCCUGGUAUUACCCGUAUUACCAUCCUUCCUCAUGACUCUCCCCUUGUCUCUCAUCUCUGCCCAACCAGUGCCGGGUGUUUUCUCCAACCCUCCGGAUUCCUCCUCGGUCUGGAAAGGGGAGGAG